AUGAACCUCGAGAACCCGGCAGAGUUGCAGGACAUGAACGUCGAGAACUCGGCAGAGUUGCAGGACAUGAACGUCGAGAACUUGGCCAUUUUUAGUAAUGAGCAGGCGCUUGAGGAGUGUGCCAAGUCCCUGUAUCAGUCCAACAGCUUCACGAUGGACUCCAUGGAGACUCUUACGUCCCUCAUGAACCCUAUCCAGUUCCAGGCAAACCGUUCAUUCUCCAAGGCGAAGGGUAAGGACUCUGCGUUGCUGCACUUGGGCAUGUUCAGUCAUGGCAAGUUCUGUGGUGUUCUGAACAAAACAUGGCGUUUCCCAUGGGUGACUCGGUAUGCCAAUGCAUGGUUGAAGGCGCAGCCCAACAUGAGUGAAGCCACUUGGACCUCCUUGGCCUUUUCGGUGAAUACCGAAGCCCGUCCCCAUCGCGACCUCCAUAAUUUGGAGGGCAGCGCCAACUACCUCGUGACCUUCGGCAACCAUUCUGGCGGUGAAGUUUGGCUUCGAGAUCCUGGCGAAGCUGCAAGCGGUGAGCUGUGGAGGCGAAAAGGACCGAAUGGCCAAUCCAUGUUGGGAAGCGUGAAGUCAACGUGGCAUGAGAUUGUUUCCUUUGAUCCAAAGAGUUGGCAUGCUACGAUGAGAUGGUCAGGACGAAGGGUUGCAUUGGCAGCCUAUACUACCAGGUUGGUUGUGCGGGCCCAGCCUGAUAUUCUUCAGGACCUCCGAGAAUUUGGUUUCGUAGCCCCGAAAGGUUCUCAAGCUAUGUCCGGAUUGUUCCAGAUCAAGAGUGAGGUUGAGAAUGAUGAGGUUAUCCUCCAGGAAACCGAGAAGGACGAGAUCAUGGCGGUGGUGACGGAGUACCAGGAGAUCUUGACUGAGAACCCGGAGGAGACAAAGGGCAGCGCUACCCAAAUUCUUGAGCUUGGUUCCCCUGGGACCUCCUGCCUCCGGGAUCGCUUGGAGUCGGGAGGAGCGGAGGUGACGACGGUGUCAUUCCGAGAUGGUUGUGAUCUGACUACUCAGGUUGGCACUGCAAGGACUUCUGAGAUUGUGCGGUCUACUGGGCCCCAAUGGGUAGUCUGCUAUAUACCACAAGGGUCCAACCUCCAACCUGAGGACCCUCGAUGGGACAAGGCCCGCCUGCGACAACGAAAAGUCCUUCGCAACUUCCUGAAGGUUUCCUGUGAUGCUCUGUCAGCUGGAUGCAAGGUGGUCUGGAUUCAUUCGGGCCAGCAGCGUUGUGACGGACUGCCUGAGGUUCGUGAGUUCUGGAGAUCCCAUCAAGACUACCAUGGUGGCCAAGCCGUGAGCUGUGGACCAUGUUGGAUUCGGAGUUCUGAUACCUCGGUUCUCCAUGGAAUUCCCAACACCUCACGUACUACCACCUCUCCAUGGCGACCCCUUGCGGAGAAGAUGUUGGAAGCUCCUUUGUAUGCCGCCGAAGUGUUGGUAACUGAGGCUGAGAAGGAGCUGCUGGCGACCAUGGACAAGAAGGAGCUCACGGAAUUGAUCGAGCGAGCCCACAAGAUUCAUUGUCGACUUGGGCAUCCUUCGAAUCGACUGUUGAUCCGGAACCUGAAAGUUCGCGGCGCGGACCCAAAGCUGAUUGCGGCCGCCUCUCAACUGACAUGUGACCAAUGUCAGGAAGGCAAGCGCAAGGCUCGUCGACCCAUGGUUCAGAUGGAGAAGUCCGAAAGGUUGUGGGAAACCCUGCAGCUGGAUCUGUGCCACCACCGAAUAGGGUCACAGAUUCAUCAUUUUCUGCUGAUGCAGGAUGAGGCCUCUGGUUAUGCGGUGAUUCGCCGGAUCAAGGUUACCUCCGAGCACGAAGGAUGGAAUGCCUCCUCUGUGGAGGUGAAGAACUUGGUACAAGAGGCAUGGCUCCAGUACUUUGGAGCUCCCUCGAUCAUCAAGCUCGAUGCUGAAGGUGCUCUCCGAGGACACACCAUGGCCGACUUGGCUGACGAACAUGGCAUUGAACUUCAAGUAUGCCCGGCUGAGCAUCAUGAAUUUCUCAGUGAAGUUGAGCGAGCCAUUGGAAUCCUCAAGGAGAAGAUUGAAUCCUUCCUUCGAGGCAAUCCUAUUGACCCAGGCCAGGCUGCUCUGGCGAUGGUCCAAGCCCACAACACGCAUGCUCGGAUUCAUGGCUUCAGUCCUUUGCAGUGGGCCUUGGGGAGAGACUUUAGUCCCGGAGGGAGCCUCAAUCAACACCAAGGUGAGCUCGCCGCGAUUUCUGCAGCGGCUACUCCUGGAACUGAAGCCUCCCGAAGCCGUGACGUACGACUUCAAGCCGCGAAGGCCUUCCUGGAACAUCGUGAGCGACAAUGGGCCUCCCGUGCAUCCAAUACAAGGCCUCACUCCUCAUCUGUCUAUCUCCCAGGUGAUCUUGUGUUCUAUCAGCGCCUACGGCAUCCUGCGGAUAUGGUGUCGAACCGGCUGGUGGACAGGCCCCGGAUGAGGACUUCGAGAUGGUUUGGACCAGCUCGAGUGCUAGCGUCGGAAACGAAGGGCCAACCUGGUGAUCGGAAGCCCUCUGCCCACGUAUGGAUCAUUGCGUCUGGGCGUUUGAAGAAGGCCCAUGUUUCCCAACUGAGGCACGCGAGUGAAACCGAGAAGUUGAUUGCAGAGUCCUCUGGAACCGUGGUUUAUCCCUGGACUUUGACGAGUCUAACGGCGACAAUGGGUCGGGGAUCUUAUGAGGAUCUAACUGUGCCUCCUUUACCUCACCAUCGGCAACGCCCAGUCGGAGAUGAUCAAGAUGGUGGCGGAGGACUACUACCUGGUGAUGGUGAUCCUGAGCUAUUACCCGAUCCGCCGCAAGACCAACGAGAUGCCGAUAUGGACUCCGAGGAGGAGAUGAUUGAGGACCGGCGCAAGGAAGGAAUGAAGCGUCCUGCACCGGUGCCUGAAGCCAAUGAGGAGGAAAUGAUUCGGGACGAUGAGACUCUUGAUUUGGAGCGAUUGCUUAAUGAUCCUGAUUAUGUUCCCCUCGGACCGAUCCCUCCAGCACCUCCUCAUACUUCGCGACCGAGCUCGAGUUUUCAGCAACAGCGAGCAGAACAUGAACGGCAGGACCGCCCUCCACAUGUGCUUCAACGAGAGGCGUCAGAACAAGCCUUCUGGGCUUCUCCCGAGCAGGAGCGCGUCUUUGGCGUCACAAUCCCAGCUCCCGAGAAUGCCGCUGAGUGGCGGCGGAUGGUCAAGGACCCCUCCAAGUUUGUGGCCAAAACUAUGGCAAAAGGUGUGGAGGUGACAUGGGGACGCCUGUCAGAUCGUCAGCGAGCUGCCAUGCAAGAGGCCAAGAGCAUUGAGGUGCAGCAGUGGUUGCGUACAAAAGUUGCCCGGAAGGUCAGUGAACAUGUGGAACCUAGCUCCUUGAUCGGCAUGCGUUGGGUUCUGACCUUUAAGGCGGCCGAACCGGAUGCGGAAGGGAAGGAGCAGGUGAAAGCUAAGGCGAGAAUUGUGGUGCUGGGCUAUAGUGCCCCGAAUUUGCUGGAAGAGCCCACCACUUCGCCGACUAUGAGUCGUCUGACCAGGCAACUUAUGUUGAACAUGGCGAGCGCGAUGAAGUGGCCCAUUGGUUCUGGUGACGUCAAGACGGCCUUCCUCCAGGCCAGACCGGAGGAGCGAUCUCAAAGGCUCCUGGCCAAGCCCCUCCCGGAGCUUGCCGAAGCGCUAGGUCUACAGCCGCAUGAAGCGGUAGAGCUGACUGGGUCAGCUUACGGAUUGGCUCAAGCUCCUCGUGAAUGGUUCCUUGACAUCCAGAAGACAUUAAAGAAACUGGGAGGGAGACCAAGCCGCACCGACCCAUGCCUUUGGAGAAUCAUCGAUGCCAACGGCAAGGUCUGUGGCCUCAUCGGGUCCUAUGUCGACGACUUCCUCUUUACUGGAGAUCCGAGCUCUCCAACAUGGAUCCGCUUCUUGAAGAGCUUCGAGGAGGCGUACACAUGGUCACCUUGGGAGUGGCAAAGCUUUGACUUUUGUGGCCUGCGCCUUACCCAGCACGGAGAUAGCUCCAUUACGGUCGACCACUCCGCCUUCUGUCGUGACCUGACCCAGAUGCCGGAUGUAAAAGGUCCUUCACGGACAAUGACCGAUGGAGAAUUGAGCCAGGCGAGAGCUGUGCUGGGAAGUGUGCAGUGGCGAGUCACGCAAUCUGGGCCGCAACAUGCUGCGAAGCUCGGGCAUCUACAAAGUCUUCUGUCCACCAAGGAUACCGCCUGCAUUAGUCAGAUCAACAAGUUGGUGCGAGAAGUGCAAAGCGCCCGCCACCUUGGGACCCACGUCCAGAACCUUGGAGACUGUCCCGCUGAAGAAUUGAUCUUCGUCGGGUGGAGUGAUGCUUCAUUGGCCAACCGGCCUGAUCUGUCCUCGACCGGAGGCUUCUUGAUAGGCCUGAUGACUCCGGCCGACGUCUUGUCUGGACAAGGCAAGGUCAACCUGGUGUCGUGGCGUUCCCAGAAACUCCCGAGGGUUGCUAGAAGUUCCUUGGCGGCUGAGAGUCAAGCCCUUUCUCUGGCCGAGCAAGAAAUGAUGUGGUGCCGUUUGACAUGGCGUGAGAUGCUGGGUGACGACAUCAACCUCAGCAAUCCGGCCGAGUUCACUGCGAAGACCAAGGCUUACCUCAUCAUCGACGCUCGAGGAGUCUACGACGCUCUACUUAAAGGUGCUGACUUCUCUUCGGGGUUUAACCUUCGUGACAAGUACUCAGCCCUUGACCUCAUGGGCGUUGCGGACCAGCUGAAGGCACAGGGGACUCUUCUUGAAUGGUGCGAUAGUGACCACCAGCUUGCCGAUGGACUGACGAAGAGCAGUAAGCAAGACUCGCUGCGGAAAUUCCUCACUCAGGGUUCCUGGAGGCUUCGCCUCCCUGGUGCAUUUAUGUCCGCGAGACGCCGACGUGCACUGGAAUCCGAGCAAGCAGCCGUUCCUGUGAGCCAUAGGCUUCCCCUGCGGUCCGAGGAGAAAAGUGCCGCGCCCCGUUGGGGCUACCUUCGCGAGUGGUGCUUUGUGCGAGUUCUGACCUCUGACAGCUGUUGCCAACGUCUCAUCGACGUGAGUUACUGGAAGAACUGCGGGCUGAUCCUGCGGCGGAAGCAAGCCGGUGACCUGGAAGUGCCUCGAGAGUCCGAGGCGGGGCCCCAGGUCGCGCUGGAGAUUGAGGCGCUCCGGGCGCAAGCCAAAGAGCUCCGAAUCCAGAUCAAGGAGAUGGAACGCCUGGCAGCGGCGGGGCGUGCGCAGGAGGUGGACCUGAUCGCCAAGAACCAAACUAUGGCUCACAGCAUCAGCAUGGCCGAAGCUGCAGCCAAAGCAUCCCGCGAGAAGGCGACUAGCCUUUGGGCGGAGCUGCAAGAGGCCAAGUCGUCGGAAGACCUGCCUCAAGUCUCGGGUUCUUUGAGACCUGAGGAGGUGGAGGAAGGACUCGGUGUGGAAGAAGUGGAGCAUUGGAGGCGGAAGGUGGAGGAGAAGAAGACGGAGGUGGAACGAGUCACGGCAGAUCAGCAGCGACUGCGUGGGAUGCUGCGCGAGUCUGCUCCCAGCCUCGAUGUGGGAGAGGCACUCGCCACCAG